AUGUGGUUUCGUCUCAUUCCAAUACCGUCUUCUCCUAGCACGAAUAUGAGAAUUUUAUACGAGAAACUUCCACCUAUAGACACGAGCAAAAAGAUUUUGCAAUACCUUUACCAAGUGCAUCGAAUGACCGAUCUUGAUGUAGAACACACCUUUUCUAUUGUACGUCGAUACGACCAUGACCAUGAUCAUAAUUCAUUCCAAGAUUCAUUCAAUGUUCUUCAAGAAUUUCAUAGAAUUCAUCAUAAUGAAAUGUCUCAAAAUCCCAUCAAUUGUUUACCUUAA